ACCCAACAAAUCACGAUAAGUUGUUGGUCGCGACUUCAGGGACCGCAUCGGCCAACGCAGGGGACUAAGCCCGCUACUGGGCCCAGCUUUUGGCCCAAGGCUCCCUCUGGCAAAAAGACUCAAUCUGGAACGAAGGCCGAGCCUUCUUUGCUGAUAUCUUCAAUGAGGGGAUAAUUGGGAAACCUAUAUCUUCGUCAGCAUGGCUUUUCCUCUGACCACCCAGGCGUUGCAGAGACAAUCAAGAACUGUACACUGCUCCUUUACUACCUUCAGUCUGUUCAUCGUCAUACUCUUCAUUACUAUGGGGGUACCCAAAAGCCCUAGCAGCGUGCCGACGAAGCUUGCCCUACGGCGUGAGCUUGAGUAUGGCAAUAGGGGAUUAUCAAAAUACGCGGAGUUGACGAAGCGUAUUCGCGAGUUUCCAGAUACAUUCUCUAGUAGCAAGGGCUUAAGUGGGCGCUCUUUGACUGAUUGGAAGUCCCCUGAGCACCAGGACGCUUUGGGAGAGAUGGCUGGAGCUUUUCUGGAGCAUCGCAACAACGGCAGCUUCUUUUGGCCGGAUUAUGAGCCAGCCGAUCAACCAGGAUCGUUGAAGUAUUCGGUAGACAGAGAAAAGAUCAAAGAUAUUUUGCACCAGAUGUUCUGGAGGCAAAACGACGGUAGCCCACGCAGCGCCAACAAUUUGCAGAUCAAGACAGAAGAGAGCCGACCCCAGAUUUCAGACGGACCAGGAGCCACCUUCAACGACCCCAUAGUCAUAAUUGAUUCCAACGGCGACGGGCCUCCGCCGCCCAAUCCUUCGGUCAGGUCAGGAACUCGCCCCCAAUUUCGUACCCUUCCGGGAACCCCUCCAGACGGAGUCUCCAUGGACCGUGCCAGACAUAGAGUCCAGUCCCCGCUCACAAAUGAAAUGGAGACCAACGACGACUUUUCUCAAGAGAACGGAAGCCUAGACUUGGGUACAUAUAUCAAUAGAUACGCUAGUAACAAUUGGACAUCACCUUUUAGGGAGGAUGCAUCAGUUGCACCCUACGCGAACAUGCAGCCUUCUAUCGGACACCAAAGGACUGAUAACUCCUCCCCCACCCGCACAACGUCUUCAAAAAGAGGAAAGAAAAGGUCAGCUACGACAGGUGUCAACAGGGCAUCGUCCCGCAGAAGUAAAAUGCCUAGGAAAUAUGAUCAAGCAACUCCAGCGCAAGUUGAAGAAGCGCCUCGGUCUCCUGAGCGCUCAUCUGUCCCAGAGCAUGCUAUUGCCGGCGCAGCAUCCGCUUCUGGAGCAGUACCGCCCGGCAGUCCGCUGACCGGCGUCCGCGAGGAAAUGGACAAUCCCAGAAUUACAACGGAAAGCCUCGCCGACGAAGGUCCUGCGGAUUCUGCUGUUGGCACGACAAAAUUGCAAAAUGAGAGCGAAGUGAGGGAGCAGAAAACCUCUCAGAACGCGGAGAGAAACACACAAUUGUCUCUGGAUAAAAGGAAGGCGCCCCUGUACAACUCUUUAGGCUCUCUUCAACCUCUCUCACCUGCGGUACCAUCGAGCUCCUCUGACGUUCGACACGCGGACCAGGUGACCGGUACUCGCAGUUCUGAGGGGCAAGGGACAGCCCCUGAACCCUCUCCGCCUAGGACAGCCCGAGUUGAGUUCAGGUACCGUGUAAUCUCUCACUAUCCCGUCCACCUAAGCGUCCCCUGGCGAUCGGGAAGGAUCCGGAGCAAGACACUCGCAGACUUGGAAAAUGAGCUGGAUCUUGAUGCCUCUCAUACCAAAGUCCUACGCUUCUCUCUGAAGGCCCCAGGGUCGUUGGCUGAGCACCUCGUCUAUCGGGGACGGGAAGAUGAGUUCAACGCCAUGAAGCAACACUUUGAGGACUGGAUUCGGAAAUACAUUGCAAACAAAGCGACUGGUGACAGAGUCCUUGUGCAGUUCGAGAUCGAAGGACUGAUUGAUGAUGAUUCGCUUGACCGAAAGCCUCAUGAGGCGGCCUAUGAUGAUGGGGCUGGUAACUUCGAAUGGUGACUGCCUAAGGUAUGGCCGCAAACUCUUCGUAGUCUACAUGGCUGAGCUCAGAUUUGAGUUGUGGCUUUCUUUUCGUUUCCUUGCGAUGUGCAAGACAUCUUUGACCGCUGUUAUGAGAUAUAAGUCAAAGUACCCACUUACCGACCACCCCCCCAUUCCGACCACAUGAAUCAUGAUGCUAUCACAACAACCACCACUUUAUUAAUUAACUAUCAACUACCUCUUAAAGCCACAAUAAUGCAACUUUCGGCCUCACUAGAUAAUUCUAAUGCACUGGAUUCAUCUAGCUCACUUUUAGUAUCACUAGCCUUAACCUGGGCUUACUGCACCUCUUUGAUAGUUGCGAAC